UCACAAUCAGCUGAUCUCUAUCAGACCCACAGUUACACAUUAACCGUGUACCUGGGGGUCCACAGGUGUAUAGGGCAGGUGCAGCCUCACUCUGCGCGACAGUCAGUUGGAGUGAACGUGAAGAUGAGGCCGCAGCUCUUCCUGGUCAUAACGGCGAUUGUCUGUGCCAUUGGCAAGCCGCUGAGCAAGGCAGCGACGAGGAACAAGCUGCUGCUGAUCUCCUUCGAUGGCUUCAGGUGGGAUUAUGACCAGGACGUGGACACGCCGAACCUGGACCAGCUGGCUGCGGACGGGGUCAAGGCCAAAUACAUCACCCCCCCAAUGCUGACCAUGACCUCACCAUCCCAUUUCACCACCAUCACCGGCCGAUGGGUGGAGGAUCAUGAAGUCGUCCAUAACCUGAUGUUUGACCAAAAGACGAACUUGAAAGUUCCUCACAAAGAGACAUUGAAAAGAUCCGAGUGGUGGGACAAUGGAGCUCUGCCACUGUGGAUCACUGCCCAGAACCAGGGUCUGAAAACUGCUUCCUUCUUUUACCCGGGAGGCGGGGCCAACUACAGCGGCCAAGCGGUCAACCGAGCACUGCUGCAGGAGUUGGGUCAUCCGGACGACAACGAAACAGAGUGGCGUGAGAACAUCGACAAGGUGAUGAGCUGGUUCUCCGAUGAGGACUUCGACCUGGUGACGCUGUACUAUGGUGAGCCAGACAAUGUGGGCCACGCCAAGGGGCCGGACCACCCGGACAGGAAAGAGAUCAUCCGUCAGAUCGACCGCACCAUUGGCUACCUGAGGGAGGCCAUCGAUCGCCACAACCUGACUGACAGCCUGAAUGUCAUCAUCAGCUCCGACCACGGCAUGACCACGGUAAAGAAGCAGCCGCAGGUGGACGAGAUCAUUCUCAACAAGUAUCUCAAUUUAAUCAAGCUUGCCAGCUUUGAGAUCCUCGACUAUGGCGGGUUUGGCAUCUUGACGCCAAAGCCGGGGAAGGAGCAGGAGGUUUUUGAUGCCCUCUCCAAUGUGCCCAAUAUCACGGUCUACAAGAAAAAUGAGAUUCCCGAGAGCUUCCAUCUCGCCAAAAGUGAGCGGUUGCCUCCCAUUGUGAUCAUUGCAGAUCUGGGAUUUAACCUGAACUCUAGAUUCAUCGUCUACGUGAACAAAGGUGACCACGGCUUUUAUAACACCGAGAUGGACAUGAAGACCAUCUUCAGGGCCUUUGGACCAAGCUUCAAGAAAAACUACUUGUCCGAGCCCUUCGAUAGCAUUCACAUCUACCCUCUGAUGUGCAAACUGCUGCAGAUCGAACCGGCACCGCACAACGGGUCGCUCAGCAUGACUGAGGACAUGCUGCUCACCCUGGUUACACCUUCGUCAUCACCAGACCCCACUACCACAGGAGGAUCACAGGAAGCUCGGCUGUCCGUCGCACUGCUGCUGGCAUUGCUGCUCUCCAUGUUCACCGUUCUGUAA